GGGCGGGGCAGGGAGCAGGCCGGGGGCUGCGGGGAGGGGACGCUUUCCGCGGGCGCGCGGAGCGAGGACGGUGACAGCCACGCGCGCACGUGCGCGCCUGGCUGCAGCGCGGCCCCGACACCUCCGUCAGCGGCUGAGAGGCGCGCGGGAUCUGGGCCGCAGCCGUCUAGGGGCCCCGUCCCCGGGUGACCCCAGCGUCCUCCACCCGAGUCCUGGAGCUCCGGGCCGAGUCCGCCCCGUCGGUCCCCGCUCGCGUUCCCUUCCUACGGCCGUAAGGGCUCGCCCCCAACUCCUCCUUUCGGCUCCCGGGGCAGGGUCCUCGCGGCCCAUGCUGGCUGCUGGUGGCCCGCGCCGCUCAGACAGCUCCCAGGCUGGCCGGCCGGCCACCAUGGUGGCCCUGAGGCCUGUGCAGCUCCUCCAGGGGGGCUAACAGUCCCAAAGCGCAGGCCUCGGGACGCGAGGGUCCCGGGCCUGAGCCCCGCAUCAUGGCCGGGGCCAUCGCUUCCCGCAUGAGCUUCAGCUCGCUCAAGAGGAAGCAGCCCAAGACGUUCACCGUGCGGAUCGUCACCAUGGACGCCGAGAUGGAGUUCAAUUGCGAGAUGAAGUGGAAAGGGAAGGACCUGUUUGAUUUGGUGUGCCGGACCCUGGGACUUCGGGAAACCUGGUUCUUUGGACUGCAGUACACAAUCAAGGACACCGUGGCCUGGCUCAAAAUGGACAAGAAGGUGCUGGAUCAUGAUGUUUCAAAGGAAGAGCCAGUCACCUUUCACUUCCUGGCCAAAUUUUAUCCUGAGAACGCUGAGGAGGAGCUGGUUCAAGAGAUCACGCAACAUUUAUUCUUCUUGCAGGUAAAGAAGCAGAUUUUAGAUGAAAAGAUCUACUGCCCUCCUGAGGCUUCUGUGCUCCUGGCUUCUUACGCCGUCCAGGCUAAGUACGGUGACUACGACCCCUCUGUUCACAAGCGGGGGUUUUUGGCCCAAGAGGAAUUGCUUCCUAAAAGGGUAAUAAAUCUGUAUCAAAUGACUCCAGAAAUGUGGGAGGAGAGGAUUACAGCCUGGUACGCAGAGCACCGAGGCCGAGCCAGAGACGAAGCUGAAAUGGAAUAUCUGAAGAUAGCGCAGGACCUGGAGAUGUAUGGCGUGAACUACUUUGCAAUCCGGAAUAAAAAGGGCACAGAGCUGCUGCUUGGAGUGGAUGCUCUGGGGCUUCACAUCUAUGACCCUGAGAACAGGCUGACCCCCAAGAUCUCCUUCCCGUGGAAUGAAAUCCGAAACAUCUCGUACAGUGACAAGGAGUUUACUAUUAAACCGUUGGAUAAGAAAAUUGAUGUCUUUAAGUUUAACUCGUCAAAGCUUCGUGUUAACAAGCUGAUUCUUCAGCUCUGUAUUGGGAACCAUGAUCUUUUCAUGAGGAGAAGGAAGGCCGAUUCUUUGGAAGUUCAGCAGAUGAAAGCCCAGGCCAGAGAGGAGAAAGCUAGAAAGCAGAUGGAGCGGCAGCGCCUCGCUCGAGAGAAGCAGAUGAGGGAGGAGGCUGAACGCACGAGGGACGAGUUGGAGAGGAGACUGCUGCAGAUGAAGGAAGAAGCGACGAUGGCCAACGAAGCACUGAUGAGGUCUGAGGAGACAGCUGACCUAUUGGCAGAAAAAGCCCAGAUCACCGAGGAGGAGGCCAAACUCCUGGCACAGAAGGCUGCAGAGGCCGAACAGGAAAUGCAGCGCAUCAAGGCCACGGCCAUUCGGACUGAGGAAGAGAAACGCCUGAUGGAGCAGAAGGUGCUAGAGGCUGAGGUGCUGGCACUGAAGAUGGCUGAGGAGUCAGAGAGGAGGGCCAAGGAGGCUGAUCAGCUGAAGCAGGACCUGCAGGAAGCUCGCGAGGCAGAGCGAAGAGCCAAGCAAAAGCUCCUGGAAAUCACCACCAAGCCCACAUACCCGCCCAUGAACCCAAUUCCAGCUCCGUUGCCUCCUGACAUACCAAGCUUCAACCUUAUUGGUGACAGCCUGUCUUUCGAUUUCAAGGAUACUGACAUGAAGCGGCUUUCCAUGGAGAUAGAGAAAGAGAAGGUAGAGUAUAUGGAGAAGAGCAAGCACCUGCAGGAGCAGCUCAAUGAACUCAAGACUGAGAUCGAGGCCCUGAAACUCAAAGAGAGGGAGACAGCCUUGGAUAUCCUGCAUAACGAGAACUCGGACCGGAGUGGUACUAGCAGCAAGCACAAUACCAUCAAAAAGCCUCAAGCCCAAGGCAGAAGACCUAUCUGCAUUUGAGUCCUCAAACUUACCUUGCAGAGCGCCAAGUCCCGAGUGGCCUUCUUUGAAGAGCUCUAGCAGGUGACUCAGGCAUCCCUGGAUCCGCCACUUCUGCUGCUCCCAGCACCCGCAGGAUGGGCCAGACACCGUGGGAGCCACCCGUAGGUGGGCUGGCUCGGAACUUCCAUGGGAGCGCUGAGCCUUCCCUCAGCCGAAUGGAGAGCCCACCCUCCUUCAUGUGCAAUUGCCUUGAACUACAGCCCUGCAGAGAUUUCUCUCAUGGGGUUCUAGUUCUCCUGACCUGAGUCUUUAAAUUUCUUAAAAAUAUUUGUCUUUCCCCGUCUAAUGUGUGAUCCAUACUUCGUCAGAGUCACCCUGGGGUGUGUGUCUUACCAUCCAGUGCUGGCCUCCCAGCCCAGGCCGGGAAGUGUCUGUAGGGAGUGACAUGCGUGAGCCCCUGGAUACCAGGAGGCUGGUGCCACCACCCCACCCCUGGGUUUCCAGAAUAUUCAUUUCCUCCCCUGGCAAGGAACUGGCAUGCAAAGAAGCACGGCCCUCUUGAGCCCAGGCAGAGCAGCCUGCCUGCUGCACAUCAUCAGCGAGCUCGCCCACAGCCCAUGAAGAGCCGAGGGAUGGGGCCCCGGCCCAAGCACCCCCGAGGCAGCACUCUGGCCGCCAUGGCUGGGGGAAGACGAGGCAGAAGCUAUGGCAAAGGGCUGGCUGCCAGCAGAGGGGCUGGGAGGCCAGGAGAGCCGUGUAGGAUUCUGCACCAUCAGAACACAGACUGUCCUCCUACCACCCCAACCAAGGCCCCAGAGGCGGGCGGGAGCCACAUGGCAUUUCCACCUCCCUGCAGCCUUAGCCUCCCCUGCCGGUCGUGGACUUGGGGACCCUUUAGAGCUCUGAGUCCCCACAGGUACUUCUCGCUGGCCCAAACGCCGAGUUGCACUGGGCCCAGCCUGCAUUGUUGAUCUGAAUCACUUUUUCUCCUGGCCGUGUGCCAGCAAGCCCCUCUUAACCCAUUAUUAUACUUGGGCCUUCUUUUGCUAUUGCCCUCGUCCCCCAGAGGGUCCUUUAUAGUCCCUUGUGGGCUGUGUGGGGUCCCUUUGUGCCCCUCCCAGCUUGAGCUGGAUGCAGGUGUCACUCACAGUUGGUGCGCCGUACCUGCUGGUGCACCAGUACCCACCAUGCCGGGCAGCAGGCCAUAGACCAGCCCUAUGGCCAACGCUGGUUCCUUGGUUUGGAACCACUUUCUUGCCCUUUCUGUACAACAUGGCUUGGUGCUGCCAUUCAGAUCCUUCCAAUGGGGCUGUUUCGCAGAGCAGGUGAUGAGUCUUAACCAGUGAAAAGAUGCUUAUUAAAUGAAGACGUGUGAGGGCCUGGAGAUUUCCCGAGAGCAGAGGUGGUCUCUGGCAAUCCUCUGUGGCGUGAGAAACAGAAGUUCACAGAAAUCCUGCCUUCUUUCCACAGUCAGGCUGACCUAAUAGUGUCCUGGGCUGGCCGCCACCUUUUUGGGCCACAUUGCCCCGAGGAAGCCAGCCCUCUGUGUCUCGGCCCCCAUCCUUUAAGACAUACAGGGUGGGACUCCGCUUCUGGACACUAAGCAUGGAUGGCUGGGGCUGAACGAGUUCCUUCGUGUUUCCCUGUCUCUCAAAGGCCUCUUCCCCUGAGAUGUCGGGGGAAGUAAGAUCUGGCUUGUGGCUGUGUCCUCAGGCUCUCCACCCAUUCCUGAAUAUCCAUGAUAGUCACUUUCCUCCUGACAUGUAAAUUUAAUCCGGAACUGUGGCUAUGGGCGCAGGAGCAUGGCGGUCAUUUAUAAGAGCAUCGUCAGGCUUUUUAAAAUUAUUAUUGUUUAACUGCCGUGUGUAUGUCUGGAGUCUAGGAAAUGCCAAGCCGAGUGGCCAAGGGAGCCAGCUGGCACCUGAGCUGUGGGGAGCCCCCUCGGGCCUGGGGAGCAGACAAGAGGCCUCGCUCAGCCAGGAGCACUUCAGCCCUCGGAGGCGAGACCUGGCGGGCGCCUCCCACAGGUGGACACACGGAGACAGUGGUGGCUCUCAGAAAGGCCUUGAGCCCCAGUGGAAGGAGAAGGAAUGAAGGAGGAGCUUGAUUUUCAGCAAAGUGUGCCUGUGGCUCGGGGGACCAUUCUUCUUAAGUGAACAUUUUUAGGGCGGGGAGAUGAUCAAGCAAGGAAGCCUCUGAACUCCGUUGAGAGCAGGGGCCUGGCCAUGACUAUUUCAUUACAAGCACUGCUGAGGGGUUUUGGUCAGAAGCACCAUUCACGAAGUCACUGCCCAGCUAGUGACACGCUGUGAGGCUGCGCUGUCACCCUUAGCUGUUUUCCCACAGACCACCUCCUUCAUCCUGAGUGAGGCCCCACCUCAGCCACAGCAGCACUCUGACCCCUGGUAUUCACUCAACUAUUCAUGGACGCAGCCAGGCCCCACCAGACAACACCCGGUGGCAUUACAUAACACUUCUUAAGUGACUGUGUUUUGUAAUCCUGGGGGCAGGUUUCUCUCUCGCCCUUUCUUUCUCUUUCAAGUCAAAACGGCAAGUCCAGCAGCUGACACCCAGGGAAGGUAACUAAGUGUUGCUUGCUGACAGGGCUGGAGCCUCACAGCCCCUGGGGGAAGGCAGCCUUGGCGGGGAGGCUUCCAGAGAAGCUCCAAACGUUUUCAAAGAUGUCAAACCGCACUUCCUCCUCUGGGGCCCGAGUUUCACCUCCUAUCAGGGCCAGACCAUGGAAGGCUGUUUUCUGUUCUGGGGAUUGCUGUAAUUUAAAUGAUUGUUUUAAUAAAAACUCUAAGCCGUAAA